AUGGCUCCGCCUAUUCAUCCGGUGUACUGGGAUGGAAAAGGGCCGGACGUGGGCGAUGAUGCCUGGUUAUUAAGCGCUGGCAACAAUGGCCACAAUCCUCACCUCAAGCCCAAUCUUGUAGGGCUCGAUAUCAACACUAUGCAGUAUAACGGCAUGGGGAAUCGCUUCGCGUCCCAAGAACGUUACAAACAGCUUAUCCAAGCCCAUGGCGCGCUCGCUGCCGUGGCCUUUCUCUUUCUCGUUCCUAUUGCCGUGAUGAUGGGCCAGUUCCGCCGCGGAAGAAACUAUGGACCCCGAGGGCGACGGCAACAACGGGCCCGGCUUGAUUUAGCUUCCGUGAUAGUUGCUACUGCGACUUUCGUUCUCUGUUUCGAGGCCGUGGGACGCCGACGGAUGCUGACGAACCCCCAUCAUAUCAUUGGUGUGGCCUUGUAUGUAAUGCUGCUGGUGAGGUUUGUCCUUGGCGCGUGCUGGGUACGGCCAAGGACUGAGGGUGGGAGACCGUCGAUGCUUGGGACCUGGAUUCACCAAUGGCUCGGCCGCUUGACAACGUUGCUUGGCUUAGCCCAGGUGCCACUAGGGCUGUGCCUCUACGGAGCAGCCCAAGUCUUCUUCAUCUUGUACGCCGUCGUGGCCGGCGCGCUGGUGCUCCUCUAUCUCGGUCUGUCGUAU